AUGGCGACCACCAUCGACGACACGGACAGUUCGAUUGGCUACUCUUCCGGAUGGGCUCUUCUCCAGGGUUCUACCAGACAAUGGAAUGGGACGGUUCAUUCUACGUCGACUGUCGGUGCUACGGCGACAUUUAGUUUUCGUGGAACCGGUGUUGCGGUUUAUGGAACACUUCCAGCGGGUCCCUCCACGGCAGCCACACAAUCGCAAUACGCCAUCGAUUCGGGGGUCCCAGUCAACGUCUCCAUCGCGUCACAGACAGACGCGGUCUACGCCGAUCUUUUCUUCCUCUCUCCACUGCUGACGGAUGGGCUGCAUACGCUCGUGAUUACGAAUGAAGGAACAAGCGUUGAGUAUCAGCUCGAUCGCAUUGAUUACAAUGCAUCCGUCAAUGUCCCCGUCACGGUAUCGGGUUCAAGUGGGAGUUCAAUAUCGAAAACAGUCAGUACUACAUCUUCUGUGUCCCACUCAGCCGCGGCAACCUCGCCCGCGGCGAGCUCUGCGAAGAGCGCCCCCGUAGGAACCAUCGUCGGGUCGAUAGCAGCUGGUUUGCUGGUGGUUCUCAUAGCUUUGUUGAUUUACUUCAACUGUCGGCGUCGAAAGCCCAAUGCCCCUACCACAGACUCGGAAACCACCGCCACUCCAACUUCAUGGGCACGUCUUGGACAAUCAAUCACUCCUUUCAAUUUAAAUGAUCAAACGACACAAAUUAAUGGAGCGGGACCGAUCGUUAACGCAGCGGCAUCGCAGUCUUCUCUCGCUCGACACACUGGUUUUACCAGUCCCAUUCUCGACUCAAAAUCAGCCGGUAUAUCCCCUACCUCCCCGCAGACGCAUUCUUCAUCCACGUCCCCACAUAUGAGCACGGAUCCCUCAAACACGACACACCCAAGCUCACAAGGCGAUUCCGUUGUCCAUGGACAUGCGCCAGUGGAUACAACGGCGAUGCCCCUUCCUCCGAUUCCCGUGCUGGAACCACCCCCUGCAUAUCGAGGUCAGGAGUCUUGA